CCGCGCAGGCGCAGGCUGGGCUCGGCGCUGUGAGGAGGAGGAGGAGGAGGAGGGAGGCGGGCGCCAUGGCGCUGAACAGGAACCACUCGGAGGGCGGCGGCGUCAUCGUUAACAACAGCGAGAACGUUUUGAUGACCUAUGAUCACGUAGAAAUGACCUUCAGUGAUAUCGAACCUAUGCCAGAUGCCUUCAAAGGGACCAAGAAAGGGAGUGUUUUCUUGACUCCCUACCGAGUUAUCUUUGUGUCGAAGGGAAAGGAUGCUAUGCAGUCUUUCGUGAUGCCCUUUUAUUUAUUGAAAGAUUGUGAGAUUAAGCAGCCUGUCUUUGGAGCAAAUUAUAUCAAGGGUACAGUGAAAGCAGAGGCAGGAGGCGGCUGGGAAGGAUCCGCCACGUUCAAGAUGACCUUUUCAGCUGGGGGUGCAAUCGAGUUUGGGCAGCGCAUGCUGCAAGUGGCAUCUCAAGUCUCCAGAGGCGAAAUACCCAAUGGAGCUUAUGGCUAUUCCUAUAUGCCAAAUGGAUCCUAUGCUUUUGCACCAGCUGCAGCUAACGGGGGCUAUCCGUACCCACCGCCUCCUCCUGAGUUUUAUCCUGGCCCUCCUGUGGCGGAUGGAGACAUGGGUUACAUGCAGCUUCCACCCCCGCCGUACCCGGGGCCCAUGGAACCCCCCGUCAGCGGUCCAGACCUGCCCUCCACUCCUGCAGCUGAAGCGAAGGCUGCCGAAGCUGCUGCCAGUGCUUACUACAGCCCCGUCAACCCACAUAACGUCUAUAUGCCCACGGACCAGCCACCCCCUCCUCCAUAUUUCCCACCAGAGGACAAGAAAAACCAAUAAGCUAACAGAGAACUUCUCCAUAACUCAUUGCUUUCUUACUUCCCAUUUUGGCAGAAUCUUGGGGCAUGGUCCAUAGCACUGAGGAGUAGAGCCUUCCCCCGAGGCACAUAGCUUUCAUGGACUCUAGUGGUAGAUGUGUGCAGAGCAAGGGGAGAGAUUUCAGCAGCCUGGGUUACUUGGUUAGAGCUCUGAGGGUUUGCUGUCCUACCACAGUAUUUCCUUCUCCCGGCGCGCGGCAUCACUAGAACUGGAGGUUCUUUUCAUCUGUGAUCACUUCCCUUACGUCUGUUUCUUUUGAUACUUAAAUUGUACCGCUUUAGAAUAAGCAACUGCUCCAAACUGAUAAUUAAUGUGCUCAUAACAUGGAAACAAGGCUCCUGGGGGAGCGGGGGCGUGUCUUGACUUUACCUUAGUGUGCAGCCAAGAGCAUCUCUGGACACAGGGAUGUCUGUGAGUAUUCCUCUCAACCCAGAGUGUCACAUCCAACUUUUCCCUCUGCUACCGAGAAAGGGCUUCAAAGGGUACCUUUGGGAUCUCAAAGGAAAGAGAUACCUAUUAAACUUUCUUGGUUUUUUGUUUUUUUGUUUUUUUUUUAGCUAAGUCAUUCCUGACAAUCAUAGCAAAUAAUCUGGUAGCCCUCCAAAUUUUCCUGCUGUGCACUAUGUAUGAUGAUGCUGACGAGCUUCCCUUCUUAAGAAAACAUACUACUCUUUACAGGGUUGAUUAGUAGCAUCUAACUAGUUCUAGAUCAUAUGGGAACACUAAUUUUCGGUUGUCUCUUUCUUCCAGUUAGAUAUGUGGGCUUGAGAUCAUGAAGUCCUGAAUAUUCUCUUUAUAGCCUAUAAUGCACUUCCCCCCCCCCCCCCCCCCCCCCCCCGCCCCCGUAACACAAGUUACACUUUUUGGCCAGUGAAGCAUCUUACUGCUGUGAUUUAACUGGUGAAUUAAUAGCUAAUGGGGAGAAAAUAGCUGCUUUAUUUCUGCCCUGGAAGCACGUGAGAGAAUAUGCAAGACGUUGGAAUAAGCUAUUUAGGUACAACUGAGCUGCUCGUUUGAAUGUUGUUUAAUGGCGUUAGUGUUCCUGGAUCAGCUGUGAAUUUACUUCCCGGUAACUUGAACGCGGGCUCCUUGGACUGAGGGUUGAAGCGUUUCCCUUCCGUAGCAUUGAUUCAUUGAUCUCAUUAGCGACGACUCCAGUAUGCGGAACCUCUGCAGGACCAAUCGAAAUCCAGGUUGCAAAACUUUGCGUUGUACAAAGCUUUGCACAAAUCAAGACUUCACUGACUUCUGACAGCUGAGAGAGAGAAAACCCUUCCCGGCAAGUGUGAAGAAAGACGGUGUGCUAGGAAACUGCUGAGACUCGCUGCAUGCAGCCUGCUUGGAGAGAAAAAAAAAAAGGUCCACCUCUUGUUUUCUUUUUGUUUGAGUCUAGCUCAUUAAUCAAAUUGCUACUGUCUGUGCACUGACUUUUCUAGAAUUGCUACUGCAGUGAUGUAAAGAAAUGGUUAUUUUAAAAAAUAUAUAUUUAUUUUGAAAACGUUUGAUUAAUAUAUUAAUGUGAAAUGACUUUUGAAUGCAGAUUUGUUUUGCCAAGACUGUGAAGUAAAGAGAAAUCACCUCAAAGCUCA